CUUGAUUAUUACCACAAUUCUCAAUCCAGUUCAGUUUCUGCCUUUAUAAAUUGAGCCCAUCAUCGUACUCUCUCAACACAACCUGCGAAGAUGAUAACAGAGACGAGAAUUUACACAGGUUUUCCUCUUCUCUCUCUGUUCUUCUUUCUUCUUCUUCUAUUGUUUGGCCGACCAACUGUUUGUGAAAAUGCUCAACAGAAACUCUAUAGUGAUAGCCAGUCGAAAGCACCGGAAAAUUACAGAUGGAGGCUCGGGGACUCGCCUGACGACGUCAUCCUACACGUUUCAACCAUCAUUCCAGCUAGAAGAUCGGGAUUCUCCCAUGUCCCAGUUUGUGUGGGAGGAUGAAGAGUUGGAAUCCGCACGGUUUAUUUUGGGAAAUGCUCGAGUCCUUAGGAGGAUGGAUAUACGUUUCCCAUCCAUCAGCACAACUCCCGAAACAAAAUCUAAUGCACUCGAGAAAAUCUAUUUGUUCCCGAAACAAAUAUAUAAUCAAGCUCGCUUAAAGUCGGGACCACUGCUCGGGGAACAGCGAGCUUCUCGGAUGAAGAUGAUUUCAGCGAAUACGAGCUUGACAAGUGAAUCACAAUGCUCGUCUGGCGCGACAUCUUGGGACAAAAUUGCUUUUUACUGCAAAUGAAAACUGAGCCCACAUUUUGAAAUUAGAAUUUUUCAAAUUUAGACUGUAUUAAUAUUGAUGGACAAUAAUAUCUUUGAACAGCUCUCAGAUGCAUGCAAAUUAUC